CGGCGGCUGCGGAAGGGACCCGGGCUGCGUGGACGCGAGCGCCCAGGAGCCUGCGAGCCAUCGGGCCCCGGCGGGACUGCCACUCACCGGGCCCCUGGACCCCCAGAGUUUGGAACUGCAGCUGGAGCGCGAGGCGGAGGGAGCCGGGCCCCGGGAGGCCACCCCGGGUCGGCCGCCCCCCGACGGGCUGCUCCUGGACGUGCUGGCCCAGCGACACCCGCCCCCCGCCAAGCCGCAAGUCUUCUGCUCCGUGUACUGCGUGGAGAGCGACCUGCCCGAGGCCCCCACCGCCGAGUCAUUGUCGCCGCCAGAGUCCCCACCUCGAGCACCGCCGCCGCCGCCGCCGCCGCCGGGGCCGAUUCCCGCCAGCCCGCCGCCCUCCUUCCCCAGCUCUCCGUUGUCGCUCCCGGCUGACCCCCUCUCCCCCGACGGCGGCAGCAUCGAGCUGGAGUUCUACCUGGCUCCGGAGCCCUUCUCCGUGCCUGGCCUAUUAGGAGCUCCACCCUACUCUGGCCUGGGUGGGGUAGGGGACCCCUACGCGCCCCUCAUGGUGCUGAUGUGCCGGGUGUGCCUGGAAGACAAGCCCAUCCAGCCCCUGCCCUGCUGCAAGAAGGCGGUGUGCGAGGAGUGCCUCAAAAUCUACCUGAGCUCCCAGGUACAGCUCGGCCAAGUAGAAAUCAAAUGCCCGAUCACAGAGUGUUUCGAGUUCCUGGAGGAAACUACUGUCGUCUACAACCUGACCCACGAAGACUCCAUCAAGUAUAAGUACUUCUCAGAACUUGGCCGAAUUGACGCCAGCACCAAGCCGUGUCCUCAGUGCAAACACUUCACCACCUUUAAGAAGAAAGGACAUAUCCCCACUCCUUCCAGAUCAGAAAGCAGAUACAAAAUCCAGUGUCCCACUUGCCAAUUCAUCUGGUGUUUUAAGUGCCACGCUCCUUGGCAUGAAGGUGUUAACUGCAAGGAGUACAAAAAAGGAGACAAGUUAUUGCGUCACUGGGCCAGCGAAAUUGAGCAUGGGCAGAGAAAUGCCCAGAAGUGUCCAAAGUGCAAGAUCCAUAUCCAGAGGACGGAAGGAUGUGACCAUAUGACUUGCUCACAGUGUAACACUAAUUUUUGUUAUCGAUGUGGAGAGAGAUACCGCCAGCUCCGGUUUUUUGGAGACCACACAUCAAACCUCAGUAUAUUUGGAUGCAAAUAUCGCUACCUCCCAGAGAGACCUCAUUUAAGAAGAUUGGUUCGAGGGUCAGUCUGUGCUGGAAAGCUCUUCAUUGCGCCUCUCAUCCUGGUUUUGGGAUUGGCACUAGGGGCCAUAGCAGUUGUAAUCGGUUUAUUUGUAUUUCCUAUAUAUUGCCUUUGUAAAAAACAGAGAAAGCGAUCACGGACAGGUAUGCACUGGUAAUCCACAGAGGAUUUCACAUGACAUCAGCCGGUACCAGGGGGAGGUGCAGGAUGGUACACCGUCUGUGAGUCGGCUCCUGAGAAGCACCUAGAGGAACUUCUGCCAUCUUGUCUCCUGUGGUUCUCUGCAGGCCACAGUGCCUCCAGCUACGGUGCGCUCCCAACAUGGUAUCCUGUCCCUUCCCUAAACAAAUUGCUGCUUUAAAAAAAAAAAAAAACGGUCACUUUCGUUAAUUAUAGACAUUUAUAUAGUAACUCUGACCUUUGUGGUUCUUGGAAGAAGAGAUUUUGAGAACAGGGUAUCCUCAGAUGUGUUUUGAGGGCACCUCACAGGAGUAUUUCUUGGACUGUCUGAACCCUGUGCUUCGCUCCUGGCUGGCUGUGAGACUUGGUGAGCAUAGCUGAAGUCCUGUCUGCACCCACAAACAAAGCCACUUUGCAGAAGAUAAAGUUCACCAAAUGCACCUGUUGUCAUCUGUAGCCCAAGUGGUACCAUUCUUUUGUUCUUUUGGAUACUGUAAUUGCUUUAAAAAAAAAAAAAAAAAAGUCUCAGUACCCAGAAGGGAAUUAAUGAAACUAAAUUAACAAGAACCAUGAGUUCCUGGUGCGGAUGUGUAAGGAUGUGAAUGUGUGUAUAUAAACACGUAUUAAACCAGGCUCCAUAACCAUGUGCUUGUCCAUUUCCAUGUCUAUUUUCGUAGAACCAUUCAGCCAUGAUGGUUCCUUUCGGGGGCCUAACUUGGUAAUGUACUGAAUUAAAGCCAAUGUCAACAACAGGUUGUUUCCAUGGUAGCCCUGUCUGUUUCUUGCUCUUCUGAUGGUCACACACACGUGAUUUGUGCGACGUCACUCUGAGAUGUACCAGAUUUUGUAAACUGACAAAACGGAACGGGUGAUUUUAGAAAGUUUCCAACCCUUGAUAUUUUUGGAUUUCUUGGAUUUGGGCAUACAUACUUUUCCUGUCAGUUAAGCCCUCCUGGGAUAAUUUAAUUAAAAAAAAUUUUUUUUUUCUGCUUUGAAGAAAACUGCUAAAACUUUUCAUUUAAUUCCCAUUCUGCUCAUUAUUGAGUUACCUCCUUAUUAUCCCAGAUAAUUCUGCUUUAGGUCCAAGUUUUUAAAAAUUAUUUAAUGCUCUAUUCCUUCUCUCUUUUCUCUGGUUUUUUUAUUUGUCCCCAGGUUUUGUUUUUUUUUUUAACUAAAAUAAAUACUAGUUUUAAAGAAUUUUGCCUAUGUUUACUACUCAGAUGCAUAAAUUGUUGGUAUUUCCUUAUAGAGAGAUAACUUGAAAACAGCUCUUUUAUGUAUAUAGUUUCAUCUAAAAUAUAAACUGCUUUUGGAGGUGGAAACAAAUGAAGAAAAUAUUUUCAGGAAGAUGAGAAGUCUUUGAGAAUAAGGAAAUGAAAUUUAACUAAACAGCUCCUUGCUUUCAUCAUAAUGUUUAUCAAGACAAAGAAGAGAUAUUGAAAAGCCUGAGGCUUACCUCUAAGUUCUUAUAGUUAGAAUUUUAUCAUACAUUACUCUACUUACCGUGAAUGUAAGAGUUUGACGUGAAGUAGACUGUAUGAUAACGCUCGCAUUACGUAGCUAUCUUGUGGUGUCCGAUGCUAGAGUGUAACAACUUUGUGUUUGACUGAAACAACUCGUGUUGGUGAAGGACGGUCCAUGUAUAAGCUAGCAUGCUUGUAUCCCCUCUGAGCCAUAGAGAAGAGCUGGACAACUUCCUGCUAAGUGGUGAGUUUCCGGCGAGAGGAGUAUGCGUCGAUUGUGGCUCUGGAAUAGCCACUAGACUAUGGUGUGAGGUAAGGAAGGAGCAGUGGCCUGGUUUCAUAGAUUUCAUCUUCGCGUGCCUUCAGCCAUCCAUCUGGCAAGUAUUCACUGUCACUUUAGGUGUGCUAGUCCUGGACCAAAAGAAGGAGACCUUCUAGCCCAAAUACAUGUUUCUAUCAUAAAGGCGCUUAAUUUUUAGACAUUCAUCUUUCCUGGACUUGGGCAUCUGUUUGGCCAUGUGUGAGUAGGAUGGAUCUGUCUGGUUAUGAUCUAUGCAUAUAUCUGUAUGUCAUAUGUAAACAUGUCAUGUUCAUACACACCACCUGGGUGAACAGAGACAUUCGGGUCUAAGAUUGUCUAUAUUCUUGGGUUACUGUGCCUGUUGUCUUUGGCCUACUCAGGGAUUUUUAUUCUAUUCUUUAGAUAACUUAUCUUUUACAGGUAUUUUUAUCUGAUUUGAAAAACUUUCCAGUAUGUGAGUUACAAAGUGGUAUUUGCUAUCAGGAAAGAUGGCUUCAUCAGAGGUUAGGAGCGUACACCCUGCGCCGCACAGGCAUCUCAUUCGUAAUUGUGUAGGUUUAUAAAAGAAAUGUAUGCAUUUCUCUCUUUUUAAAGACUACACACACACACACACACACACACACACACACACACACACACACACACACACACGUAUGUGUGUCCUUUCCAUGGUAGUAGCUUGAAAGUAUUUGUGAAUAUUUUAGUAAGUCUCAAAAUCUUUAAAAGAGUUAAAAAAUGAAAAAAAAAAGUAUUUAUAUAUCAGUGCCAACUUUGAAGGUAGAGCAGUUAGUGACCUUUAUGGUAAAUUCUGAAAAGUCCUUUACAAAAUGAAGUAUACAUGUUGUGUCUUUUUACCCAUGGCUUGUCCUUAUGUGUUACCAUUGUAAAUGUAUGUAUGUUCCUGAAGAAAAUCAAACCCUAUAGAAUUACAGGCUUCAAGUUCCUCUGCUUACCUACCCCUUGUUUUUCUAGGGGUGACGACUAUCAAUGGUCUGCUACCUGUCCUUCCAGACGCUUCCUUCAAGUGUACAAAUAUAUGUGUGUCUGUAUAUGUGCAUGUAUGCACCUUUGUGUGUUAGUUUUCUACAAAUAGAAUGAUAUCCUUUGCUGUGACUCUUUUUCAUGUUUUUAAAUAUUAGAAAAACACCUUGCCAUAAGUGUUUACAUCCGUUUGAAAAGAACUGUCUAUCCCACUGUAGAGCUUAGUUGACUCGGUCUUCUGUCGAAUGGGAAACAAGGUAGUUUUUACUUAUCACAAACUAAGUGUUUUAUGCAUCCAUGUAUUUUCUCACUUACUAUGACCAUUUCCAUGGGAUUUUGAAUUUUAUUUUUUACACAAUAUUUGUAAUAAAGAUUUUUAAUGCAUAGUCAGGCAAAGAGAUCGUAGUUGAGACCCUAGUUGUGAAUAAACAGUGUAGAGAGUGCCUAUUUUUAAAGCAAAGCAUCUUUUGAAAGACCUUCUCCUUGAUAGGUUAGCCAACUACCUUGCCAAAAUUUAAAAGAGAAAAUUAAUCUGUUCCCAAUGAAGCUAAAAUGUGGUCAGCUGUCUUGGACGGUGUGAAGGAAGAUGAAUCGAUCCUUGGCUUGCUUGCUUUUAACUUUAGUACUCAAGCCAAAUGAAUGGUGUAUGUCACAUUUUAUAAAACACUCUCCAUGUUUGUGUGUCAUUUAUAAAAUGUAUAAGGGAAAGUAAAGGGGUCAAACCCUAUGACACAAGCAGCAUCCUCUUCCCACAUUUAUGGUCUAGCAGUCAGCCACUUACUGUCUCCUUCAAGAACAGACAGAAAAACAGUCAAAGAGUUCAACAGCAGACUUGUUAGAGUGUGCCAUCAUUUUCUGCUGGGGGAUCAAGAUCCAGCGGGACCUCUUGGGAAAUGCCCAACUCUGUGGCUUCAUCUCUUGAGUCCCUAGACCCCUACUUGAGUCUGUCUUUUAAUUUCACUGCCCAGAUGCAUGGCCCAGUGUUUCCACAAAAUACUCUACCCUGCUGCAGUCGCUGUCUGUCCCUCUGGUAGUUCCAACUACGUUUUUUGUCCACACCUCUUCUCUUCACCCUCAGAGAAGAGCAGGAACAGGCGGGAGAGCAAAGCUCACCCUGAUCCAUGUAGCCUCAGUGUUUCUCUCAGAUUCCAGUGCAUUUGCCAACACAUCGCCUCUACUGAACACAUGAGACUUCUUUAACAUCAGAUUUUUAGGAUGCCUGUUGUUAGGAUUAUAAAAAGUCAGUGGCCUAAACAUCAUUAGGUGGCAUAGAAGUACAAAACUAAGAAAAUCCGUGCCAUGAGCCACUUUAGAUGUGAGUUAGUUUUAUAAGCAAGCUGCACACGAGCCUUAAUGUGAGCCCUUCCAUGACAGUGGUUGAAGUCUGUCUCAACUCUUGUUUUAUGUUAAGGCCUGCUAUAAUUGUUAGCCUUAAAAUUGAUGCACUUUCCAGUGUGUGUGCCAUUUAAAUAAUUAAGAGAUAAAAGGUGGCAUGUGUUUUUCAGUGGCGAGAAUAGAAUCACAUCAGAAAAUAUGUUCAAAUUCUUCAAAUAUGUGAGAAAUUGGAAGCUUAGUAUUUUAUGGAAAGCAUUCCUAAAUAUAUAGAACUAUCCCUAAUAUUUUAGUAAUCCUGGAAUUUUUUUGCAACAAUUUUGCUAUGAUCAGAACUCAUAGCAAAUAACGAUGCUACGUAAUAACUUCACUUGAAUCUUUAUUUAAAAUAUUCUUACUAAAAGUUUUAACUGUAUUUCCACAGUUUGUGAAUCCUAUAAAAGAAAAUUUUCUUGACUGGAAACACAAUAAAUAAAAAUAGCUGGAGCACAUUUUGUUUUUCAAAUUAUAACUUAAUUAUGUACUUUUCUGCAAUUGUGGACACUAACUUCCAGGAUCACAUACUAAAAUGUGUCUCUGCAGUGAUCCUAUCAAUUAAACUGAGAUACUCGUGUAGAAACAGUAUUAUCUAAAUAAAACAAAAAUUCCAAACUUGAAAGAGUAUUUAAGACUGUGAAAGGUUAAUUUUUUGGGUGCAAAUCAAUGGAUGUGACUCCACUGUAACUUCCUUUGAGUGUGCAGUUAAGACUGAUUUCAAAGCUAAGUGCUUUAUGGGACUUCUGUGCAUCACUCUGUGGUUCUGCAGCUUUUGUUGAUGGUAAUUGUCUAUUUACAGAUGAACGGAAGCCUUGACAUGUCACAUCCUUUAUACGUCCUUAUACAUACUGCCAGCUGUGCAAGUCUGCAAUCAUGCAUAUUAGAAAAUAAUUUUUUUUCUUUUAACUAAAGAAGUGACUGUUUUUGGAAAUAAUGACUUAAAAUGCCAAAAAAUUAUCUUUUUGAAAAAUACAUGAAAUAUUACCAAUGCCCUUUGGAGGGUCAUUUCUUUAUGUCUCUAUAAGACAUUUCAUUAGUUGAUUAGAUCAUGUAGAGUCAUUAACAAAGAAAAUAUUUUUCUUCAGUUCUCAGUCAUAUGUUAUCACUCUGUUCAGCAAUACACACACAUCUCCAUACCACGAACCUAUUUUUUUCUUAGUUUUCUAGAUUAUCUUUCUUUUUGCUCCAGCAGUCCCCUCCUCGUCUCAUCUUGGCCAAAUGAAGAAUAAUUUUUCUUAACCAUUGGUUCCUUUCACUGGAAUGCAAUGAAAUUCUGUGGCGAAAGGUCUUUAUGACCUAACUCAAGCAGCAAAUGUCAUUUAUCCUUAUUGUUUAUUAGCUGAAAUGGAUCCAGAGUGCCUGGGACAUUUUUCCUGAGUCUUUAUAGGAGGUACGGAACUCUGCUAGCUCUCUGCCAAAUAAGUCAAACAAAUUAGAUGCCAAUUGGACCAGAGGGCUACCAAAACUCUAGAAUCAAACUUUACAAAUUCAUGGUUAUCAGCAGACAAAAAGCAUGUGAACAUUCAUGCAACCUGUCUUUCAUCCUUCAUCCAAAAUAAAUUAUAGUUAUGAUCACUGGUCUCUAUGUAAAAACAUCCUCUAGCUUCAACUUGAGGUGGAUUGAAAUAUAGGAGCAAUUGUAUGUAAGAUGCAGCUGUCAAUUCAUGUCCUGUGCUUAAUAGACAUUUUUGAUAAUCUAAAGUAGUCACUUUGUCUAUAACCUGGAUUGGGCCUAUUCUAGAGAAAUUGCUUACCCUUCGAAAACAGUCAAAUAGUUUAAUUAAUUAGAUGUACAUAUAAGCCACACUCAAAAUUUAUUUAAUAUAGGUUUACAAUAUAACAAAAAAAUUCAGAGAGUAUUAAGUGUAUUAAGUUACCCCAGGAAUUGCUGAAAUAAUGUUCUUUCAGGUUCUCCUUGUAGCUGGCAGGCUGUGCUGUAGUCAUUGGUUCACCUUGUGGCCAGGUAGGGAAAUUGUUUUAAAAUUCUAGUUAAAUUCUUAAAAAUACCAGUUUUUCAUUAGCAUCACUUCCUCUAUAUCUAAAUGUAUUAUUUCAAAUAAAUAGUAUCUAAAUAUCUGAUGCACAUGUCUAAUUUGUAGCCUAUAGAAAAUCGGUGUGCUUUAUGUUUCUUUACAAAGAAUUCUAGAUAUAAUAUUGUUGCUUUUAUCAGCUGACUACAAAUUGUUUCUCUAUUUUUUUAAGUUGCAAAUGGUAGCUCCUCAAUAGCCAAUACUUAUUAUUGAUCAUAUUUGUCACAAAUGUCUGUAGAUGGUGUUUUGAAAGCUUUCUUUUCAUAUGAAAUUCAGAACAGUAAUAGGUUUAUGUAGAUGUGCAUAUAUAGACACCGUUUGCCAAGGCAAAACCAAUCUGUUACAGAUUUUUAUGAAAAUUAAAAGGUAUCCAGGUAGUGCACUUGGCAGUUGGUCCAGCCAGAGCCCUUAGGUCUGGGGUCGGCUGGAUUUGCUUCCAAUUCCUCCUCCGUCAGUCGACUGAUGUCUUUGAAAGGUCCAGGUCUACUGUAGUUUUAUUUUAUUGUGUUCUGUUUUGUUUCCUUCUCUAUCUGCCCUUUGAAAAUUGGUUCCAUGGUGAAAGGCAGAAGGCAUGCUGAGUGUGUCUGGCAUCCACCAGGCAGCCUGCUGCAUGUGUCUGUGGUGACUUGUCUGUCAUCCUGGACCAGCCCUGGCCUUCCCUGACACAGUAAAGUUAGGGACUUUAAUUUAAACCCUUGUUUUAUGUGACUAUUGCCCUCUGCAUGCACACCUCUGCCACCUUCCAAUAAAGGCCCCUAUAACCCCUUGAGGGGAAGUUAACUGUCAGUAUACUUGCUUUUGAAGAAAGCUAUUAAUACACUCCUAAGUAGUACAUUUUUCAGUCUUGCAAAAAUUUAGUCAAAACAGCAGCAUGUCUGGGCAUAGUGGCACAUGCCUUUAAUCUUAGCACUUGGGAGGCAGAAGCAGGCAUGUCUUUGUGAGUCCCAGGCCAGCCUGGUCUCCAGAGUGUGUUCCAGGACAGCCCGAGCUUCAUAGGGAGACCAUGCCUCAAAAAAUAAAGUAAAACUCCAAAACAAAACAAAAGAGCAGCAUAAAAAUGUUAUUACAUUAACCCAUCAUUUAUUAAAAAGCCACGAGUGAGUAGUAGUUAUUUGGUUCCUCUUUUAAGCCAAAUUGGUAAGACAUUUUCAUGUCUUGGAAAUCUGAAGGACAGUUACAUUAUCCACAUCUUUUUUUUUUAACUGUUAAAAUGCUAAAAAGAAAUAGUUGGGGUUUGAAUCUUUUGCUAUUGCAUAUUCAGAAAUUGAUGUUCUAAUGAAUAGUUACCAUCUCUGAUUUCAAUUUGAGACUAUAUCCCAUUUUAAUUCUGUUCUCAAUAGCAAGUGAUGAUUCAUUUCAUCAUCUUAAGGUGAGUAGUUUGCAUUACUGAUUUGUCCCAGCUCUUGUCACUCUCCUUUUAUCGCACAGUUUAAAAUUUUCUGUAAACUCUGUAGCCCCUUUUCAAAUAAUGUGCCAUAAUGUUUUUCACAUUGAAAAUGUCUGAUUUUUUUAAACUUGUAACUGUUUCUGCAUUUCAGUAGUUGCACUGCUAACUUUGAUCUUCAUAAAGAACAUGGAAGAAGCCAUUUUGAAUAUAUUUUAGGAAAUAGGCAAGUAGAAAUAACCACGUAGAUGUCAUUGAUACUCUUAAUUCAUCCCUGAAAAGCAAUUGGAAAGGAAAAGCAAAUUCUACCAGAAUAAAAAGGUUGAAAAACAAGGGUAUCCAAAAGACCUGAUUUCUUAUAUUGUUGAAGCAAUCAACUCUCAGAUGAGUCCUUUAUACUGUUGGGUCCAUGAAUUGUGCAGUAUCUCCUCACCACUGUAGUGUUGGUACACUAAUGGUUGAAAAGAAAGGAAGAACUAGUGAAGAGAGCCAGGGAAAUGAGCCUUGUUUCCACUCUCCAGGAGCACGAACUAUUGUACAGUCCCACCCUUCCAUAUGGUGCUUGUGUGAUGAUGUAACAUUUGUGUAUGUUACUAGUGCCUUAUUUCUUUCACGUGACUUUAUUUCUUAUCAAAAGAGCCAUAAAUUUUGUUAGUGUUCUUUGAUCCCUCUUUUGAAAGCAUGCUAAUCAGUUGUCUUUAUAGCUGUACCUAGCCUGCAUUUGCUACUGAAUCUAUAUUGUCUCUAGAGUAAUAAAUUAGCUGUAUUUUUCUCAAGUAUGUUGCUUGUUUUUAAACUAAAGCAAGAAAAUGAAUAUUAAAUAUCAGAAUUGAGGCUAAUAGAAUUAAUUUUUAUUUUUAAACCACACACACACACACAAAAGAAGGUCGAAUAAAUUGGAAACAGUGUAAUAAACUUGUUGGCAACUCCAAUUAGGGUAAAACCACAAAACUUUACAAACAGCAUUAAAAAUAAACAUAACUGUGAUAUUUUAGAAAUGUGACCAUUUCUCUACAACUUGUCUUUGACAAUAUUUUAGCAUUAAGUUUCUUAUAGAUGUAAAAAAACAAAAAACAAAAAACAACCCUGUAGUUGUCACAAUUUACACAUUAUUCAUUCACAGUGGGCUGUAGCAACUCAAGCCAUGCUGUAUAUUAUUUGCUCUUCAAGGUCUGUGCCUUUUAUUUUGUACUAUACAAAAUACUGGUUUUGUUUAUAUAUACAUAUAUAUGCACAUUAUAUCACAUAUAUAUAUUUCCAAUUCACUUGUGACUGAUAAAAGCAACGCAAAUAUCAGGUCACACAAAGUGUAGAGACAAUUCCUUGAGAAGAUGAAUAGAUACCUUGUGGAGUCUAGUUGCAGGCUCUCUGUAAUGUCCCUAUAUCCUUUUGUUGUGUGUUUUUUUUUUAAUGAUCAAUAUUUUGGGUUGAUUGUUUUGAAUUGGGAGGGUAAUAUUAAUUAUGAUAUGAGGUCAUAUGGAAGAAUAUAAAGACAUUAUCUGGAUGAAACUAAUGGACGUCAAGUGGUUCCAAUUGUCACUGUGUGUACAGUGUAGAUUACUGUGGAGUGUGCUGUUUACCACACCAUGUGUGCAGAAUAUCACCGCAGCGUCAUCUAGCAAUGCCUAAUAAAGGUUUUUAAAAGAGAA